UAAACAAUGACGAUCGACAAGCAGCUAGUAUGGGUGCGGGACCCAAACGAGGGCUUCGUGUUGGCUCGUAUACUAGAGCUAAUGGGCGAAGAGGUUGACGUCAUCCCCGUAGACAAUAAAAACCCUCGUCGCGUAUGCAGCUUCGACGAUGUAUUCCCUGCUGGGGAUCCCACAAAGGUCGUCGAUGAUAAUUGUGAACUAAUGUUUCUAAACGAGGCUACAUUACUAAACAAUAUACUUACGCUGUACAAGAAGAAAAAGAUUUAUACAUAUGUAGCUAAUAUCCUACUCGCCGUGAACCCCUACGAAGAUAUACCCGAUAUGUACUCAUCGAGUACUAUCAAGAAGUAUCAAGGGAAGUCUUUGGGAGAGAUGCCUCCACAUGUAUUUGCUGUUGCCGACAAAGCAUUCCGCGACAUGAAAUCCCUGAAACAGUCGCAAUCAAUCAUCGUGUCCGGAGAGUCUGGUGCCGGCAAAACUGAGUCAACAAAGUACAUCCUCAAGUACCUUUGCGACUUAUGGGCUAAGGGUGCUGGACCUGUUGAACAAAAGAUUUUGGAUGCAAACCCUAUCCUAGAAGCGUUUGGCAACGCAAAAACAACCCGCAACAACAACAGUUCACGUUUCGGCAAGUUCAUGGAAGUGCAUUUUAGUAACAAAUAUCAAGUUGUCGGUGGUCAUAUCUCCCACUACUUAUUGGAGAAGUCCCGUAUAUGUACGCAAAGCGCUGAGGAAAGAAACUACCAUGUAUUCUAUUUGUUGUGUGCUGGAGCCCCACAGGAUCUGAGAGCUGCAUUGAAGAUUACUAAACCAGAUGAUUAUAAUUACCUCAAGAACAGUUGCACGCAGUACUUCACAACAGCGCAGUCUGAGAAAAAACUGACGCAGGAUCGGAAGAGUAAACAGCAGCAGGCCAGAGGGGGCCUUCGAGAUCCAAUUUUGGAUGAUAUCGAAGACUUUGGAAGACUUCAUCAGGCUCUUUCCCACAUAGGUUUAAGCGAAGCUGAAAAAAAAGCAGUAUAUUCCGUGGUAGCAGCAGUGUUACACCUGGGGAACGUUCAAUUCGAGGACGAUGGAGGCGCUAAAGGCGGUUGUCGUGUCAGCCCUGAGAGUGAGCCUUCGUUGGCUACAACAGCUGGGCUACUAGGUGUUGAUGCUGGGGAGCUAAGAAUGGCGUUGGUCUCAAGAUUGAUGCAGAGCUCGCGCGGUGGUAUGAAGGGAACUGCUAUUAUAUAUGUGAUCGGGACUGGUACCAACUUCAUCCGUUGUAUCAAACCGAACUCGCGGAUGGUAGGCCGCGAGAUCGAAGGCAGCCUCGUCCUUACACAACUGGAAUGCAGCGGGACCAUUUCCGUGUUAGAGCUAAUGGAGCACGGCUACCCUUGCCGCGCGCCCUUCAGUGAACUGCACACCAUGUACAAGGGAUACUUACCCUCGAAGUUGCAAGGGUUGAGUUCUAAAUGGUUCUGUGAGGCUAUAAUUCAUAGCUUCGGUCUAUCAGACAAAGACUACAAAUUUGGAAUAACUCGAGUAUUCUUCAGACCGGGUAAAUACUCUGAAUUCGACACCAUCAUGAGAUCAGACCCUGAGAACUUGAAAGCAAUCGUUGGUGCUGUGCUCACUUGGCUUGUCAAGUCCCGAUGGAGAAGGUCCAUAUUUGCUGUGGUGUCCAUAAUAAAACUGAAGAACAAGAUCCUGUAUCGUCGCGAGUGCCUCGUGAAAAUACAAAAGAGCAUCCGCGGCUAUCUCGUUCGGCGCCGUCAUCAACCGCGCUAUCGCGGCAUCGCCAAGAUCCGAGCUCUAACCAACAACUUGAAAGAGAUGGAAACUACAGCUGGGCAACUCAAGAAAGAAAAGGCCAGCAUGCUUAAAAAUAUUGAGAACUUGAGAAAUGAUAUUGUCAAUGCUUGCUCUACUAUUAAGCGAAAUGACAAAAUAUCCCGAAUGGAGAUCGAUCAACUGUACAGCGAUGUCGUAAAAAAGGUCGAGACACAAAUGUCCGUGUUGCAGAAAACUAUGAUCGAUCAAAAGAACAGGGAAGAACAAGAGCGAUUGCGUAGAAUCGAGGCGGAACUUCGGGCUGCUGAAGAAGCCAAACGUCGUGAACAAGAACGUUUGCGCCAGGAAGAAGAGAACCGUCGGCUCAAAGCCGAAAUGGAAGCUCGGCGUAAAGCAGAAGAAGCGGAACGGCGUCGUCUUGAAGAACAGGACCGCAUCGCAGCGCUUAAAUUGCAGCAGGAGCUUGAAAAGGCUGUAAAGGUCGAUCAGGAAAACAGAGAGAGGCUAGAACAAGAAAGAAGAGAUCACGAAAUGGCCGUGAGAUUGGCUAAAGAAACAAAUGGCCACGUGGAGGGAUCCCCGCCGCAGUUUCGCAGUUUCCCAUCGGAGACAGUCAAUGGAGAGAAUAAGUUAAACAGGUCGGAACGUGUUAGAAUGCAACAGGCGAUGCAAGGCAAACAGAAGUACGACCUGUCCAAGUGGAAGUAUUCAGAACUCCGCGACACUAUCAAUACGUCCUGUGAUAUUGAACUGCUUGAGGCAUGCCGUCACGAGUUCCACCGAAGGCUGAAGGUCUACCACGCGUGGAAGGCCAAGAAUGCGCGCAAAACUACAAUGGCUGACCAGGAGCGUGCACCGCAGUCUAUUAUGGAUGCUGCAAAAACUCCUCGCGUGACUCAAAAGAGCGAGAUCCUCGGCGCUCGCCACCGGUACUUCCGCAUCCCAUUCGUGCGACCCUCAGCGACCGGCGGCGCGACUGACUCGCCGGACCGCCGUGGUUGGUGGUACGCACAUUUCGAUGGACAGUACGUGGCACGCCAGAUGGAGCUGCAUCCCGACAAGACGCCGGUGCUGCUGCAAUCUGGAGUCGACGACAUGCAAAUGUGCGAGCUGAGCCUGGAUGAAACCGGGCUAACGCGUAAGCGCGGCGCUGAGAUCCUCGAACACGAAUUCGAGCACGAAUGGGCCAGUCACGGCGGCGCGCCGUACGUGUCGUCUGAGCUGCGCAAGCGCUAGAUAUGAAUAUUCCUAGGACUACAACAAGAACACAGACACAAUAACGCAUCUUAGUGCUUUCAACGUGCCUUCGACGUUUUUAGGUGUAUUAGUGCAAUAUAUUAUGUAAAUUAAUUAAAUAACUACAAAUUACAUAAGUAAAGAUUGUAAUUAAGAUAAAAUCAACAGUUUGCAUGGAGGUUGAUAGAGAGAGAAUGAGAGACAGAGAUUUAAUAAUAUGAGAAUCAAAAGAUGCCAUUCACUAUCGGACAGUUUAUCGUUUCAGAAAGUAUUUAAUUCGUUUUGGUAUUACUAGGCCUUGCUCUUGUGUCUAGGUAUAAAUAUCAUAAUCUACCGCACUGCUCUGUUCAGUGUGAUAUAAAUGAGCACUUGCGCUUUAACUUUAGAUUCAUUUCCACACAAUCGACGCUGAAAUUUGAGACAUUCGACUACCUCAGGGAUUAAACAUUGAGUACACGAUAUUUCGGAAUUAAUUCAACAUAUUCCUCAGUUUUGUGUAAUACAGGGUAUUCCCUAGAUUUAAUCGGUACGUGAUUAUUUGCUGCCUACAAAAAAACUACAUACUUCCAAGGACCAAUAACUCAAAAGGACAGCCAAUCUGCGUAGGUACUACAGAUCGUAACUUUGAAAAAGGUUUUCGUUUUAUAUAUGUAGAUGGCAUCGAUCAUUAGUCUGGAAGUUUGGAAGUAGUUUUUAUGAAGUAAAUGGCCGUGGAUAUAGUUUAAUUCCCCUUUUAUAUGAAAUAUAAGGAGUUUAAUUCCCCUUUUAUAUGAAAUAUAAGGAGUCAGUUUUUUUCUUUGUACGAUAUUGUUCAAAUAUUGACCAUGAGUUAAAAUUAUUUUCUGAUCUUUGAGAAAUAUAUGGACGUUUCUUCUCUGAUCUGGUCUUUGAUGAAUGUACCAAUAGAUGGCAUUGUGUGUUACAAACUAAUUUAUAAAUUAAUGCUUGCUAAUAUGUGUAGGUGGCGCUAAUCCUCAACAAUCUGAAAUAAGCGCCAUCUAGUUGAUUUGUUGAGUUAUUGGUCCAAGAAGGCGGUUAUUAUACGCUGCGGCGGGGCUGGUUGAAUCGGCGACACGCGUCACUACGACUGUCUAAAAUCGUCUUCCAGCAUUACACGAACUAGUAAUGCGAUGCGACAGUUUUGUCGACAACACAGGAUCGGGCCACGAUACUAUACCAUGACAGGCCAGAGAAAAGGCCAAUAUAUGAUAUUAUACUAGAUCACAAUUCCUUCCCAUGAUUACAUCUCUGUCGCUCAUCAUGUAGGUUAGAAACGGCAUAUCUAACAUUUUAUAGAAUAUUUAUUCAUCGAAAUUUUUUAACUUUUUCGAUCUCUUUGUCUUUUUACAAAUUGUAAUUUUAAUAUUAUGUAACUAGGGGUAAGCACAUUAUUUAUUACCUUAUGGCAUUUUGUAACUUCUAUCGCAUGAAGUGACUAAUGAACGUGACGACGCCUUUGCAACACAUAAGGUAUUGGCUCUAUAAAAAGAUGCCAAGAUGCCGUUAGGUUAACAAUGUUCCUACCUAUAAUCUAUACAGCACUCUAUAAAUAGUAGAAAUAGUAACAACAUUGUAAGGUAACGAGUUUAUUUAAUGGAUAUUCACUUUUAGCAACUUUUAUAUUUAUUUUAAAAAAGUAUGGAGAAAAAAAUUAACUGUGAUUGAUUUAUUGCUAACAAAAAUGGAGUUGUUUACGUUUUUUUGCUUAUGAAGUUACUAUGUUUUAAAGAUAAUUAUGAUUUUUAUACACUUAGAUUUAAUUACUUCUUAUUUAAUGCAUUACGCUGAACUUUGUUACAAUAAUACUGAUACACUAAAAAUCCGGAGUUUCUUCUAUACUAAUACUGAGGCGAUCGUCAAUUAUUUAAUUACAUUUUGUAUUCUGCUGUAUGGGCUCUUGAAAAUAUUAAGUUGUUUUUGAUGUUCGAUUUCCCACUAGAUGGCGGAACGAACACAUCUGAGAGUUCGAAGUAACUACUUCGGUACAUUGGGCGGUCAACGUGUUCACGAUCAUGAAAAUUAAAACUAUAAAUUGUUAACGUUUUAAUUUGUAGAAGACUUGCCUCUGUUAUAAAAAAAAAUUGAGCUAAUGAAUUGUGAUGACAACUCUAAAAGUAUUUAUAUACAUUCCUAUUAUCAAAUAAAGACUGGUGAAAGCUUAUAUCAAUAUAAUUACAACAGUAUUUUAUACAAUAAUGAUAAUUCUUAUAGUAUUUUGAAGACAUUCCUUUUAAAACACAGUUUUGCAUUAUGUAUGUCGAACUCCAGACAGUG